AUGUCUUUCAUAAGAUUAGUCAUUUCUCUCGCUGCCAUCAUAGCUAGUUCAAAUGCUAGCGUUGGCCACAUAGCACCUGUAGUUAGAUCAGUACCUAUAGUUAGGUACGCACCGUUCUACAACUUUCCCAAUGGAGUGAGGUCCAUACACGCAGUGGCUGCACCUGUCGCAGUUGCUCCAGGACCACAGGCAGUUUUACCAGCGCCAGCUAUAGCGCGGUCUCCGUUUUUACAAGCCCCAGCUCCAGUCUUCCCGGCCCCAGCACCUGCUCCAAUAUUCGCUGCACCACCCCAAUUUUUCCCUGGUCCUGCACCGGCUUUCCCAGGCCCAAUACCAGCUUAUCCAGCUCCUGCACCAAUUUUCUCAGCGCCUGCACCAGUUUUCCCAGCUCCUGCUUUUCCUGCUCCUGUAUUUGGGGCACCUGCUCCUAUUUACCCAAGAAUAGCCCCAGUCGCACCCGCUCCGGUCUUUGCUCGUGCUGUGCCGGCUUUACAUUCUGCACCGUUCUCUCCAAUUUUAAGACCAGUAGGUGCUCCCAUAGCGGCUCCGCUAUUUACACCUGCAGUGGCACCCGCCCCCGUGGCUAGACCCGUAUCUUUAAGCAUAUCACCAUUUGCUCCGGCACCUCUAGCACCCGCUCCUAUUUUCAGACAGUAUGCAUGGAAGUAA